AUAAUUGAACAUGUAACACACAAAUAUAACUAUAUGACAUUUAAUGCUUGCUUUCAAUGGAGUGGUUAGAAUUAUAUUCGGAAUAUUAAUUCAUUUUUCCUAACCUUUGUGAAAAACCGACGACAAAUUGAGUAAUACAAUAUCCAACACAUUUGUGUUUUAACAUUUAUAGUUUUAUAUUAUAUGACAUGUUAAAAUAUUUCAAGAUGAGUUUAUACAUGCUUGAAUCAUACUUGAAUCAAUUUUACGUAAUUGAAAUAUUGAAUAUUUAGGAGAGAUAGAAAUAUUAUCACAAAGUAACGUAGUAUCACUCUUCAAAUAUACUUUUCAGUCAAAAAUAAGAAAAUGCCUAAUAUGAAAAGCUGUGACACUAAAUGUACUUAAAUUUUUUUGCAUUUAAACUUAAUAUACUUUUUGAAUCAGAAUUAAUGUGAGUAAUUGAUUUUUUGAUUUCAUUCGAUAUUUCUAUAAGUGAAGUGAUAACAGAUUGUUAUUCAAUAUGUGUACAUAAAAGCACAAACUUAGAGUAGGAUGGACAAAUUUUGAAAAGGAUACGUGAACUAAAAAUAUACAUCAUUCGUGUAUUCUAACAUUUCAGUUGAAAGAACUCCUUUUUGAGUAUAAUUAUGGAAAAGUUGUGCAAUAUGGACAGAACAAAUAACCUGCGAAUCAAUGUAGGUGGAACUAUUUUCGUUUGUCAUUCACAUAUUUUUAAAUCGUUUCCCGAAUCGUUUCUUGCAAAUCUUGAAAAACAGGAGCCAAACUAUAAAAAUGAUGAAUACUUUUUUGACAGAAAUCCACAUAUAUUUGCGUACAUUCUCGAUGGUUUUAGAAAAGGUUCAAUACAUCUGCCAAAAGAUGUCUGUGGAACUACUUUUAAAGCGGAGAUGGAAUACUGGGAAGUGUCAAAAGAACACGUAGCUCCGUGUUGUUGGGAAGCGUUAUACAAAAGUGACGAGGAUAUUUUGACCAUGCAGAAACUCAUCAAUGAUUGUGAGAAAAACUCCAGCUUCCUAAUGAUGCAGCAAAAAGAUCAAAGCAUAAGAAACAGAUUAUGGUUGUUUCUUGAUGAGCCGAGAUCCUCGAAAUAUGCUAUGGCAUGGGCUGCGUUUGUGUCUGUGUUGAUUGUUGUGUCAACAUUAACAGAAGCGAUGACGUCAGUGCCAAUAUUCCAUGUAAAUUAUACCGAGUCUGAACAGAAAAUUAUUAAAAAGGCAAGUGAAUUCUUGAACUGGGAUGAAUCUUCGUAUGAAAAAAUGAUGACUAUGAAACCACAACCAUAUCUGAAACUAGCAGAUAUUGUUUGUCAUAGCAUUAUAACUCUGGAAUUCAUUAUAACCCUUGUUGUGUGUCACAAUAAAAUGACUUAUGUGUUUGAUUUCUCACGCAUAUGUUUAAUAAUUGGAUAUUUUUCAUUUUGGUUGAAAUUAAUACUUCAGCUUGAAGAAAUAAGUUUGAAAUCAGACAUAGCUAUAAAAAUGAUAACAGUGUUUGCUUAUUUGACAGUUCUUAAGUUGGCGCGUUUGUUUUAUCUAGCAAAGCAUAUUCCAGCAUUUUAUGUCAUAAGGUUGACAAUGUCCUCCUCAAAGACAGAACUGAAAAUCCUUAUGGCCAUACUUGCUAUUUUAAUAUGUGUUUUUGGGACCUUGAUCUAUUAUGCAGAAUAUCCAAAUUCAAAAAUAUCAAACGUAUUCAUUGGUAUGUACUGGGCUUUGAUCACUGUUACCACAGUUGGAUAUGGUGAUUACACUCCUCAAUCAGUCGCAGGUCACGUGAUUGCCGGAGCAUGCGCAUCAUGUGGCGUAUUGAUUCUUGCUUUGCCUAUUGGAGUAAUUGCUUCGUCUUUCUAUACGUUUUAUAAUUGCAACAAAUAUGGCACGAAACACUACGACCACAUUAAAGUUCGUCAUAAUUGAAAAGCCAAGUUUAUUUCACAGUUAUUAAAAUUUUUUACGUAUAUUAUAGAAUUAUUAAAACUAAAUCUCCCUUAAAGACAUAGAGCUAAAAGCUCUCAUUUACUUCAUCAAAGUGUAUAUUUUUGUAUAAGUGUUCAUAAUUGGUUUUAAGUUUAAGUGUACGAGUAUAUUUGAGUGUCAUCAUCCAAUAGAAUAAGCGUUAUCUACUACACGUAGUAAACGUUUUCAAUCAUUUUUUCUUUACAAUAUUAUGAUAUCAAAAACAUCGUAAUGUUAAAAAAAUAUCAACAAAAUUUCUUAUGAUUAUUUGAUAAGUUUCCUAUGAUAUAUUUGAUAAGAGCGACAGUCCUAUAUACUUUAU